AUGCUGCGCAGGACUCCUCUUUCUUUCUUGGCCGCGUCGCGCCUUCUGUUGUCUGGAGGUGGUACUGGCCCCACACCGUACCAGGACAAAGCGUACCCUGUGCAACCGCACAACCUGAAUGAGUUGCAGCAACCGCCAGACACGUGGCGCAAGAGUCCAUUCAUGAGCAAAUUGAUGGACCAGGCUCUCCCUGUGUAUGAUGAUGUCGUGACAGGUUCCGGCCGCCUUCAUUGGCAAGAGCCCGCUAAGGUUUGGCACUUUUUCGACGCUGAUGACACUCUUAUAUUGGAGGAGCAUGACCGCGAAGAGUGGAACGAGCGUCCGUACAUUGCUGUUAACCACUUGUACGAGCCACCGAUUGGUAGCGAGGAUCGUCCAAUUCGCAUUGAGGCUGUGGGCAACCCGGGUGACCAACAGAUUGUGUUGUGCUUCGGUAACUGCGCGCCCCAUGUGCCGCAGUCGAACUACUACAUGAUGAUGAAGGGCUACACGAAGAACAAGUGCCCCAUGUGCCAACAGUGGUUCUACAUUCACAACCGUCCGUGGUUGGUGAUGCACCCUGACUGGACUGAUGAGCCUGCAGCGGAUGAGGGCCCGGCAUACACGUUUGCGGAGAUUGAAGCGGAGUUUGAUCGUGAUUUCCACGAGUUCGCCGUUUACUUGAACGCUGAGUAG